AUGCUUUCUACUAUGAGCGCGCAGCAAAGUCCUGCAAACAUGCAGACUGUUGUGGACCGAGAAAAGAUUUAUUCCUGGAUACUGGAACUAUGCAACCCGGAAACACGAGAAAAUGCGCUCUUAGAGCUUAGUAAAAAGAGGGAAGUUGUACCCGACUUGGCACCAAUGCUAUGGCAUAGCUUUGGUACGAUAGCAGCUUUGUUACAAGAAAUCACAAAUAUUUACGUUGCGAUGAUUCCUCCAACAUUGACAGCGCAUCAAAGCAACCGUGUCUGUAACGCAUUAGCCUUGAUGCAAUGUGUAGCAUCUCACCCAGAAACUAGAUCGGCAUUUCUGCAGGCACACGUUCCCUUAUUUCUCUAUCCGUUCCUUCAUACAGUGUCCAAAACUCGUCCUUUCGAGUAUCUGCGUCUAACUAGCCUUGGAGUUAUUGGAGCACUGGUUAAAACUGAUGAACAAGAAGUUAUCACAUUUCUCCUGACUACUGAAAUUAUACCCUUGUGCCUACGUAUUAUGGAGAAUGGAUCAGAGCUGUCAAAAACUGUAGCCACAUUUAUAUUGCAAAAGAUACUUUUAGAUGAUAGUGGUCUGUGCUAUAUAUGCCAGACCUAUGAUAGAUUUUCACAUGUGGCUAUGAUUUUGGGAAAAAUGGUGUUAUCACUAGCUAAAGAUCCAUCUGCAAGACUCUUGAAGCAUGUUGUUCGUUGUUACUUACGUUUGUCUGACAAUCCAAGAGCCAGAGAAGCGUUAAGGCAAUGUCUUCCAGACCAGCUGCGUGAUGCUACGUUUACUGCUUGUUUGCAAGAGGACAAUUCCACUAAGCAUUGGCUUGCUCAAUUAAUCAAGAAUUUGGAAGCUCAACCACCUCCUGUUAGUCCUGCUCAACCAAAUAUGUGA